AGAAUACUAAUUAAAUGAUCAUAAAAACUUCUCCAAUUAGAAUAGAAAUAAUUAAAAAAUAUGUAUAAAUUAUCAUAAAAAAGUUAGCAAGCCUUAACCGCCUUAACAGCUUAGUAACUGUAUGCGCCCUGCCGAUGUGGUGUUAUUUUUAUGUCUCGCGCAAAAUUUGAACGCACAGUUUCAUGUUUUGUCUUGUGAUAUGAGGUUUUAAUUCGUUCAAAUUGGUAAUUUUUCGUGAGUUAAUAAAGGAAAGAUGUCCACGAUAAGCAAGUUGGAGAUUCGGGGAAUUCGUAGUUUUGGUGUAGAAAGCGAGGAUGCUCAGAAAAUAAAAUUCCAAUCGCCGCUGACCUUAAUCGUGGGCCAGAACGGUUGCGGCAAAACGACCAUCAUCGAGUGUCUCAAGUAUGGGCUUACGGGAGAGGUUCCGCCGGGCACUGACCGGGGCAAGGCUUUCGUGCACGAUCCAAAGAUAUUCAACACGGUCGAAAGUUUGGGCCAGGUCAAGCUGAUGGUGCAGGAUUUCAUGGGCAACAAAGUGACGGCCACGCGUUCGAUGAAGGUUUCGCACCGGGGGAAAACGGCCAAGUUCGAAACGCUUGAUUCCGUCGUCACCAUGGAAGAUAAGACGACCGGAGCCAAGAGCAACAUCUGCCGGCCCCGAAUCACCGAUAUCAACAACGACAUGUGCGAUGCCAUGGGCGUUUCCAAAGCGAUCAUCAACAACGUAAUUUUCUGCCAUCAGGAGGAUUCGAAUUGGCCGCUGGAUGAACCGAAGGAACUCAAGAAGAAGUUUGAUGCUAUUUUUGGCACCACCGAGUACAACAGAGUAAUCGAAAAAUUGAUGAAAAUAUCAAAGGAGUACACCGAACGUCAGAAGGACAAAUCUGCAGAUUUGAGGAUUUUGGAAAAGUACAAGGGCGACGCGGAGAUGAAACAGCAGCAGCUGGAAAAAGCGGAGGAAAAAAAAGUUUCCCAGAGAAAAGAGGUAGAGAAUUUGGAGGGUUCGCUGAAGCCUCUUUUCGAUCGUUUGGAGCAGAUUUCUGUUAUUGAGCGCGAUUAUUCAAGACUAAAGCAGAACGAAAUCGAACUCAAAUCCAAGAUCAACACCAAGGAGGACCAACAGCGUCAGUUGCGCUCGAAGAUUCGCACUCUGUGGGAAGGCUCAACCGUAGAGCUAGAGAUAGAACUACGCACCUUCCGCCAAUCGAUGGAAUCCAAACAAGGUGAGCUGCGACAGGCCGAAAAAGAUCUAGUCACACUCAAAGGUCAAGAACGGACCCUACAAAUUAAAGUUCAGGAGCUGGAAUCCAAGCGUGUACAGUUAGUAACGAAGCGAGGCCAAGAACAGGAGCUAAAUGGCGAUCGUGCGAAGAAAAUUGUUGAAAUUUGUCAACGAUUGAAACUACCGGCAGAGGGGGACUAUGAAUUUGGAGGUGUAGAGGAAAUUGAGGGUGCUCUGAAAGCUAUUAAGCAUGGCAUUCGAUCGGAAGAGACAGAAGUCGAAACUUUGCGUAAGGCUCACGAUGAGGCCGACCACAAGGCACAGAAUGCCAUCGAUAAACUAAGAGAGGAGAAGACUAAGCUUGAAUCGGACAUUGCCAUGAAGGGUUCAAUGAUGGGAGAUUUUGCCAGGGAGAAGGCCAAAGUUCAGUCAGAGAUAGCUACAAUCCAAAGAUCUGCUGAAACGUUGAAGAAAUUACUGGAUGAGAUCGACAAAAUGGAGAAAGAGUAUGAACACCAGAAAGCCAAUUCUAACGUUGAUGCACUGAAGCAGGAAUUAGCCGAAAAGAAAAUCAAAAGGGAAACACUUCAGUCCAAAAUGGAUAAAACUGAGGAACAGAUAUCGGCCCUGGAUGCUGUCGCGGCAAAGGCAACCGAAUUAAGUUUAAAAGAAGGGCAAUUGAACGGACGCGAGUCAGAAUUUCGUCGAAUCAAAAACAAACAUUCCGAUAAUCUCAAGCGACUAUUCCCUGGCAAAACUAUUGAAUCAAACUAUAAACGUACGGUUCAGGAUUUGUACGAUGACCUACAACGUCAAAUCAAACAUCUUAACGAUUCAACUAGGAAGUCACAAGCAGUCGUUACAGAAAUGGAAACCACACGACGUUCCCUGAAGCGAGACCUUGACCGGAUGGAAAAAGAAUUGACCGACAACAAGGACAAAAUAUAUUCAGCUUGUCAGGGAAAGCCGUUCGAUGAGGUGUUGGCAAAACUAAAGGAAAAAAUAUCCAAAGCUAAUCUAGAGCACGGAGAAGCCCGAUCUGCUGAAGUGCUUUAUAAAAAGUAUCGGUCACGAAUCGAAGACGACAAAUGUUGUCCACUGUGCCACAAGGAGAUGAACGGAUCCGAAGUUCAAGAUAUUGGUUCCGAACUUUCCGAUGAAAUUCGCUGCCUUCCGGACAAGAUAGAAUCGUUGGAACGCCAGCUGAAAGCCGACCAACGGAAGUACGACGAAAUUCUCUCUUUGCGUCCCUAUCAGGAGAGAAUCGACGAGCAAUCCACGGAACUCCCGAAGCUCAAAAAGCAGUUAGAAGAAACUGAGCGCCGUCUCACCGACUCUUCGGCAGAUUUAGAAGAGUUCCAGAUGUCUUUGGGCGAACCGAACUCGAGCGUCCAGUUGAUCAACUCUAUCCUAGGAGAUAUGAGCAUCCUUGAUGAGUCACUUAAAGACCUCGACAGAAUGCGCACCGGUAUUGAAACGCUUAAGAAGGAACUUGCCGAUAAAACGCCUGACGGAAGCGCUUCCCUCGAAGAUCUGAAAUUGGAGCGUGAAGUCAUGCGAGCCGAACUCCGUGAAGUACGCAAUUCUAUCGAUUCUCUACAAACCAAAAUCGACGACCAGACGGAACGACUCAACAGCUUGCACCAACGCUUUAAUCAGAUGAAGGAAAAGAAGAUUCAAUUGCAGGAAGCGGUCCAAUCGUUGGAUCAGAAAAAGGCUAAAGAAACUGAACUGGGGACUAAAAUUUCGGCUUGCGAGAAGGAAAUCGAUGAAGCCAAACGGAAGCUUGGUCCGGUUCGUCAAAAUUUAACCAAGGAAGAAGAGUCGAAACAACGAUCGAAAAAUGAAAAUCGUGCCAAAUUCGGAAGGGCGCAGGGUGCACUGGAGGCGGUUAAGCGAAUGGAGCAGGAAAUAGACCGGCUGAGUCGUGAAUUAGGGUCGCUAGCCAAACUCAAUUUGGCUGACGAAAUUCAGAAAAUCAAACAAAAGCUGCAGGAUGCUGGGGAAGAUAGGAAGAAGCAUUCGGCAAGCAUCGAAGAAAAGGCUGUUCUAAUCGAUACCUUUAAGAAGGAAAUAUCAAAUCAAGAUCUGAUCGAGCGAAAUCUGCUUGAUAAUCAGGAGCUGAAGGCACUGACAGCAGAAACGGGAAAGUUGCAGGAAAAGUUGAACGCACUGAAAAAAAGUAUGGGCGAUCUCGACGCUCCGAAUGUGGCCCACGAGCGUGACAAGCUGCUCAAACAGCGUGACUCGAUCCAGAACAAGCGUAGUGAAAUCAAUGGGCAGAUGGCCGAACUGGAUAAUCAGGUCAGAGCCCUGAGGAAGGAGUUGGAGCGACCAGAGUUCAAAAACGCGAUCAAAAACCACCGGUCUACAUUCAUCGAACUGGCCGUGAUUCGGAAAAUUAUCAGCGACUUACUCAAGUACCGUAACGCACUCGAGUGGGCUCUAAUGAAGUAUCAUGCGGAAAAAAUGGAAGAAAUCAACAAAUCCAUCUACUCGUUGUGGCGAGACAUUUACCGCGGAAAUGAUAUCGAUUACAUUCGGAUUAAAACGGAAGACGAGUCAAAAACGGAGAAAACCAUCGAAAAGCGGCGAGUGUACAACUAUGGUGUGGUGCAGGCCAAGAAUGAUGUGGAAAUCGACAUGCGCGGCCGGUGCAGUGCCGGUCAGAAAGUGCUGGCCUCGCUGAUCAUCCGGAUGGCACUGGCCGAGACUUUUUCGAACAAUUGCGGAGUGAUGGCCCUGGACGAACCGACCACCAACCUGGAUCGGGACAACAUCGCCUCGUUGUGCGAAAGCUUGCGGCGAAUUGUCACCGAACGUGAGAGCGGAAACUUCAUGCUGAUUUGCAUUACCCACGAUGAGGAGUUUGUCACCCAGUUGGAGAAGUUUGAUACAUACUAUCGAAUUUCCAGAGAUAAUCAGGGAAAAUCGGUCAUUAGAGAAGAACAACUUUAAGCUAUCUCAAUUAGCUUUGCUGGAUGUUGUUGGUUUUCGAAACCUAUGUUACAUUUUCGUUUCCAAGAACGUCACUUUGUUGAAAUACAUUCCUUAAUAUUUAUCACUUAGAAAUGUGUUUUGUAAGUUCGUUUUUUAUUAAUGCAAAGUUGUUGUAUGAUAGCGUCCAAAUUUUGCACAUAACUGCCCACAAGUGACUGGAAGAAGAGCAACGCAAACGCAAACCUACAGAUCAACCAAAGAUAACAUAAAAUUACCUUAAAUGGACAACAUUUUAAAUAGCUUAUGUUAGAAGGUUACAGACAAUACUGGUGAGCUUAAAUUAUUUUUUGAGGAUUUACGGAUUCCGGUUGAUUACGACUAAAUUGUUACCCGGUAAGUCUUAAAUCUUGUGUGUGGAAUUUAAGAGUUGCCGGGAUAAACAGAAGCGCUCUUUAGAAGAACAAUCGAGACGUUCUUAUGCCUCUAUCUUAAAAAGCGCUUCUCCACUGGCCCAACCUCAUUCAAGUGACAUUUUUCUGUGUUGCAAGUUGACAACGAAGAGACGAAUGAUGAGAAGAACCCAUUUAUUUUUGUUGCGAACUCCAGGAAACGUGCUAAGACAACUCCGAAGACACUCAAAGUUCACAAGAAAAUUCCUACAAUAAGCCCUUUGUAACAUCCCUACUCAUUAUUCAUACUUCCUAGAAAUGCAACCAUUCACUUAAAAACAUGCAGACUCAAAAACGACUGCAUAAGCAUUCUUUACUGGGUCAUAAAAUAUAAACGCAAGGCCGUUUUGACACCCUUUUCGUAUUUACAUAUUUUACCAAACAGCAUGCGCGCUUUGCGUAUGGGCUGUUCUUUCUCUUCCGCAUGGGUCGCAACGCUUACGCAGCAUUGCCCAAUGCAACACAUGGUUGACAUUAAAUUAUUUUCAAAACAUCGUUGGUGGCUUGAGUUUGGGUCGAGUAGGAAGUUUAGUUGUAAGCUAGAUGGUAAGCCAAAAUAUAAUAUC